AUGCCUCGGAAUUCCCCUACUCCUGAGCAAAUUCCUCGACAGACUUCUGGCAAGGAGACCCCUGUAGGACUGCUGCCCGUUCAUCCACCUUCCAACUGGUACCAGAUGGAGCGUGACCUACGCGAGCUGCAACAGCAUCAGUCCUGUAUGGCAGGGCUUGCUCCCAAAGCAGUGGACUACCUCUGUUCAAUCGAGCCUUCCAAUUAUGCAACUGUGAUUGGUCAGAACCUGGACUCCUCCUGUCUGGCACGCCUCCUUACGGCUACUUCACAGAGCUCUUGCCUCUCGACGCAUGAACGAGCUAAUCGCUUGACCGCUUUGGCGCGUUUGCCGCGUUUCGAUGUGGCUUGGAUGCUGCUGGAGGAUGAACACAGAACUACCGCCGAACAGCUGAUAACCUCUCUUAAAAGCGAACUCGAGCCCAAUCAGUAUGCUGAUAUCUUGAAAAAUUAUGCUUGA